GUCAGUGUAACAAAUCUGUUAGUUAGCUGGCUUGGCAGGGUAAUUGGCAGGGUAAUGGAAGAACUGUCUUUCUAAAUGUAUAUCUUUGCUUCCCUUUUCCUAAUUAACAGAAGAUUGUGUCCUAACACAGAGGAAUUAGUAACAGUGGGUGAAACAGGAUCAGAGCCAUGAAGCUGGAGAUACCAGAAGCAUUUGAAGAUGUCGCUGUUGACUUCUCAAGAGAGGAAUGGGAGAUGCUGAGCAAAGAGGAUAAGGAGAUUUACCAGGAGGUGAUGGUACAGAACUAUGAUCACAUGGUCUCAGUAGGCUAUAACAUUCCAGUAGAUCACCUACUGCUGUUACUUACCAAACCAGGUGACCUUUCAUUUAACAUUACAGAAGACGUGGCCAGACGUCAGGGUGGACUUCAUGAAGCCACCAUCAAAAUCAACAGGUGUCUGAAUCACAGCAGCUUUCAGAGUCGGCAGUCAUCAGUCCAGAAUAUUUUGAAUCCUAAACACAAGAAGCACAUUAAUGACAAGACGCAAGUGCAAAAUGAACUGAAGCCAUAUAAAUGUGCCACAUGUGAUAGGAAUUUUACAUUUAAAUCUCUUCUUAAAAAUCAUCAAAGAAUCCACAGUGGAGAAAAGCUCUUCAUGUGUAAUGACUGUGGUAAGUGUUUCAAAAGGAAGGAAAAUUUAGCAUAUCAUGUGAAACUACAUGUGGGAGAGAAGCCAUAUAAAUGUUUCACAUGUGAGAAGAGUUUUGUAAUGAAGGAUCGUCUCUUAAGACAUGAGAAAAUACAUGGUGGUGAGAAACCUUACAAAUGUGAUACAUGUGGCAGGAGUUUUACAGAGAAGCGCAAUUUAUUAAAACACAAGGUAAUACACACCGGAGAGAAACCGUAUAAAUGUGAUAUCUGUGACAGAUGUUUUACAUAUAAGAGUACACUCUCAGUACACGAGAAAGUACACACCGGAGAGAAGCUGUAUAAAUGUGCUGCAUGUGGAAAAAGCUUUAAACACAAAAGCACCCUUUUAGCACAUGAAAAAAUACACACCGGAGAGAAGUUAUAUAAAUGUGCCACAUGUGACAAGAGUUUUACACAGAAGAGCACUUUACUAACACAUGAGAAAGUGCACACUGGUGUGAAGUUAUAUAAAUGUGCUACAUGUGAUAAAAGUUUUAUAGUCAAGGGUGCCCUUGCAAGUCACGAGAAAGUACAUUAUAAACAUUUACUGAAAUUAUACCAGAGAGACAAUCCAUUUAAAUGUGCUGCAUGUAACAAGAGUUUUACACACAAAAGUACUCUGUCAGCACAUGAGAAAAUACACACCGGGGAGAAGUUAUAUAACUGUGUCACAUGUGGCAAGAGUUUUACACAGAAGUAUAAUCUGUCAACACAUGAGAAGAUACACGUUGGGGAGAAGCCGUACAAAUGUGUAACAUGUUACAAGAGUUUUACACAGAGGUCUCAUCUCUCUAGACAUGAGAAAGUACACUUUGCAGACAAGCCAAGACCAUAUAAAUGUACUACUUGUAACAAAAGUUUCUCACAUCAUAGUAUCCUGUUAGCUCAUGAGAAAAUACACACGGGAGAGAAACCAUUCAAAUGUACCACAUGUGACAAAAGAUUCAUUCAGAAGUGGGAUCUUUCUAAACAUGAAAAAACACACUGUGCUGAGAAGCAAUAUAAAUGCCCUACAUGUUACAAAAGUUUUACAUAUAAGAGUACCCUCUCAGUACAUGAGAAAAUACACAGUGGAGAGAAGAUGUACAAAUGUGCCACAUGUGGAAAAAGUUUUACACGCAAGUGCACCCUCUCAGUACAUGAGAGAAAACACACUGGAUUGAAAAUGUAUACGUGUGCUACAUGUGGCAAAAGUUUUGCACACAAGAGCACACUCUCAAUGCAUGAAAAAAUACACACCGGAGAGAAGUCCUAUAUAUGUGUCACAUGUGGUAAGAGUUUUACGCAGAAGGGUAACCUCUCAGUACAUGAGAAAAUACAUACUUGUGAUAGGGAGAAACUAUAUAAAUGCUUUAAAUGUGAUAAAACAUUUACAAAAAAGAGUAAUCUCUCAGCACAUGAAAAACUGCAUUUCUGAAAGAAAACAUAUAAAUGUGUCAUUUUUAACAAGUUGUACACAAAAAAAAAUGUGCACAAAGGUUGUGUCUCUCAGAACAAGAAACAGCUUCAUGCCUUGUAACCAGCUGUAUACCUUAUGGCUGAGGAUUUGUACGCUGAAAGACAUAACAAUGUGGCAAGAAUGAGAACUUUUGUAGACUUUGCAAUGUGUUUGAGGAUGAGAAUCAAUGGAAACAAGAACCACAAAGCCUUAAGAGAAAGGAAGACAUAAUGAUCAUGUGGGAUAUCUUGUAUUAUUAAAAAAGCAGAAAUAAAAAAUAGAUAUUUUAGCUGAAAAAGGGGAGAAACAUGUCAUUGCUUAGCAAAUUUAUGUGGUUUAAUGGAGAUCACUCUUGUCUAGACACAAAACGUCCCAACUUCAAAACUGGGUGGAAGCAUUUUUUGACAGAACAAAUGAUGGACUAUGAGCUGCUUCCUGCAGUCCACAGUUUGAUACCUGCAGCCUCUGUAUGCUUUGUGUGUGACUCUAUAAACAAGCCAUUUAAGCAGACAUUGCUCCUGGGUCACCCUUGAAAAGGGACACCUGUCCCCAGUGCCCUUACCUUGGUCAUCAUCUUCUUUCGGCUGCUCCCUUUAGGGGUCACCACAGCAGAUCAUCUGUUUCCAUUUCUUCCUGUCCUCUGCAUCUUGCUCUGUCACACC